CCUCCUCCUCUGAUACAGACGUGGGCUGUGUAGCCCGUUUGUUGAAGCCGACUGAUUGAAAUGACACUGAUACAGCAGAAAGCAACAAUUUAAUCAUCCACCUUGUAUUUUUCUUGAUAAAUUCUUUCUGUGUGUGUGCUUUUAAACUUUUCUCUCUCAAGUUGUGGGCAAAUAUCAGACGUGGAAGCCUGAAUUAUCAGGCAAAAUCUUGAAUUUUGACAGUUUUAUCCAAGUUACAACAGAAAGCAGCUAAAACCAUCUAAUUACAUUAAUGCAUACAGCAUCUGACUAGCUUUUAUAUAUUUAAACACACUCAUCAGGUCUAAUUCUCAUUCCUUUACAAUAAGAAUCAUGAUACCGGUUUCUUUGUUCCCUUAUUUCCUGUUUUAUUUUGAAAUUGCGCCCUCAUGUAUCACGUGUUGUUUGUUCCCUCCUUCAUCCUUAUCAGUUUGUUCCGCCUUCUCCUGUGUUGCCACCCCUGGUAUGUUUCUGGUUUUUGUUCCUCGUGUCUUCAUUGAUUUAUAUUUUGCUUUUGUUGCCACUUUGUCUUUUUUUGUCCUUUUGAGUUCUCAGUUUGUGGUUUUCCUGGAUUCUUGGUUUCUGUGUAUCGCUUGGCUUCUGUUUAAUAAAGCUCGUCUUUUUGUUUCUUUAUCCUGCCUUCCGUGUGUUUGCUGCAUUUGGAUCCUCAGCUUCCAACCGUAUCAUAACGAAUCACGACUCAGCCCGGAAACAGGAAGCAUGAAACAAAACAAAAAAAAAACAGAAUUUAAAUUAAACUUGAUCCACCUGAGACAUUCAGUCUUCACUUUGACCUCCCUUUCAUUACAGAAUAGGAUUAAAUAUUACAUUUUUAUUGGUUAGACAAUCUACCAACACAGGGAAGCCAUGUUUAACAAUUCUGAAAGAUAAGUCACAUCCUGUUGAUCAGUUUAUGUAUCAUUAUGUUUAAAACUGGUCAACAAGAUCAUCGUCUUUAGACACUUACAGCAUGAACGCAGGGUUGAGAUAAUGACAACUAGCUACACUGCAGUUCAGAUUCAAACCCAUGGCGGACGCAACGAGGACACAGUCUCUGUUCAUGUGCCGGACACUGAAACUGAGCCGCCGCAGAAUAAACGGCGGUGGAUCGGUGGCACAAUUGCUGUUACUGUCGUCGCGGCGAUUAUUGCUGUGGUUAUAUGGCGAACUUGUCAACCGGAAACGUUCAGCAAACGUUUCAUCAGGAAAUGUCUGGAGUACAAGAAAGACAACAAUGAAAGCUACUGUCAACAUGUAUUCGAUGUCUUUGAACGAGCCUACGUAGGAAAACCAGAAUCUAAGGUUUCCGUGGAAGACUAUGAUGACUUAAUGGCCGAGGUCCCCUUCAAUCAUCCAUGCCACCAGACAAUGUUUUGGAGCAAAACAAAUGAGCUGGUUCACAAGUACACCAAGGAUAAAGGUAAAAAGGACUGUUUCACCCAGGAAGACGCUCUGUUGGGAAAUAUCCUGGAUAAUGAGACAUGGUGUGGAAAGGAAGGCAGCAAUGAAACGUUCACUGAUGGCUGCCAAGGAUUAAAUUACACUGGGAACACCGCUGUUCUCUCAUUUUGGAACAGAGCCUCCGCUGCAUUUGCAGAGUACGCCUGUGGAGAAGUAACAGUGAUGCUAGACGGAUCGUUGGAAAUACCGUUUAAUCCCAACAGUACAUUUGCAAGAGUUGAGAUAAGAAGACUGAAAUAUCCUAAGGUGACGAAACUGAACGUGAUUCUGGUCACCGGAGACAAGAAUGUGUCAAAUUGUAACGCUGAUAAUUUAAAAAUCGACUUACGGAAAGCGCUGGAUUCAAACAUUUUGUAUUCCUGCAAUGAAGUAACUGAAUCUCGGGUCGCAGAUUGCUCCUCCUCCUCUGAUACAGACGUGGGCUGUGUAGCCUGUUUGUUGAAGCCGACUGAAUGAAAUGACACUGAUACAGCAGAAAGCAACAAUUUAAUCAUCCGCCUUGUAUUUUUCUUGAUAAAUUCUUUCCGUGCGUGUGUUUUUGAACUUUUCUCUCUCGUUUUAUGCUCAGAUAUCACACGUGGAAGGCUGAAUUAUCGGUCACGCUGUCCGCGAUUAUGUUCCACCGGUGACCUCGCUUCGUAUCUCCUCGUGGCUUUUCUUUAAAAUAAAAUGGUAAAACAUUGUGUGCGGCUGUUAAAUGUGACAGCGAUCGUGUGAAACGAUCUGGAGGUCGCAGCUUUGGGUUAUUAUUGACAGGAUGUUCGUCUAGCAGCCGAUUGCCACCAAAUUUCAGUCUGUAGAAAGACGAUCUGUCUUUAAGAAAGGGACGAAACUCGAAAGCUUAUUCUAGAUAUGAAUACAUUCAUCUUUAUUGUUACAUUUUAAUGGGAUUUGUGGCAACUACGCACCCAGAAACCUCCUUAAAUGACACGAGAACUAUUUUUGCUGACAUUUAAUAACGCACUCCUUAGCUGAUUUACUGCUCAACGCUCCAUUUUUUAACUUUCUUUUUUGCUUCACGUGAAACCGGAACCUGCGACCUAAGGUUAGAAUACAAGGUGUAUGCAAAUGCGCCAAAACCGCAGAACAGAAUAGAAAGUGCUCAUAAAACCAUCCCAUCUGCUCUUUGGCUCUAUCUGAAGGUGUAGCCCACAAACAUGUCUUAUCUGUGUGAAGUGCGUGAGGCGAGGGCGUGAGCACGGUGACACAGAAAGGAACUCGACAGAGUCUGAGGCCUUUUUUUUUUCUUUCUAGAGUGAGACUGCUGCGGCAGGAAGAAGGAGGCUGAGAGAAUCACCUCCUCUUUCCUCUCUGGUGGCUCUGCUUGCUUGCUGUGUCACACGUACCGUAAACUCGCCGUGCUCGGUGCUGGGAAAGACACGGUACAGGUGUCACAUGAAGGACGCCCCCCUCUGUGCAAACCACAACAUGGGGUGCUGUGACAAGUACUGUAAUGUCGGAAAACAUUAUCACGCUUUGAGUCACGGCCGCUGCCACUGACACCACGGGACUUCUAAUAAUCUUCACACGGCGGCAAGGUGUUUGUGGUUACAGUGAAACAUUCAAGGUCCAGUUUUUUCUCUGGCCUUUUAGCAUGUUUACAUAUCAGGGUCUUUGACUGUGAUUCUAAACUAUUUAUUUUUUCCAAUUUAGUCCCUUUAAGGACUGUUAUUGUAGGUGCUUUACCCCAGACAUCCAUCAUCUGACGGGAACGUGACUGCGAGCUGUUAAGAGCUCAAAUGAUUUACAUAGUUUUGUUCUGUCUGUGCGAGCGAGGGGGUUUUAGGGACUGUACAAAACACAUCCAUGAUAUCAUUCAUAGUUUUUUUUUUUAAAGUUUGGACACCUCUAGGUCUACCACCGGAGUCUCCGGAGUGCCAGACGUGAUUCAAAAAAUAGUUGUUUUUAUAGCUUGAGGGGCAAAAUCUAACAUUUGGACACCAGCCUUGACUUGAAUUAAUAGUUUGACCUUUUGGAAAACACGCUAAAUCACUUCUUUGUCGAGAGCUUGAUGAGAAGAUGGUGCCAGUCUCAUGUUUCCCCCUUAUUCAGAGCUUACGUAUGUUGUGCAAACUGUUGGCGUGACUUACGCCAUGUGCAGUCACCUAAACGGAACCGCCAUUUUCCGUGUUAGCAAAAAAUAAAAGUACAUUUCUCUAUUUAAGGGGUGUGGUAACUGUUGUUGUUAGCACAGCAUCUUAGUGAUAGGGUGUAUCAAGUUAGCCUAGCCUACCUGUAGCUGUUUCUAGCUGUUAGCUGUCGGACACCUUAUUUCUGGUCUUUAUGCUAAGCUAGAUAGAGGCAACUUUAUGUUAACCAUACAGUUAUGGUUAUUAGGUAUGUGCUUAACUUAGCAUAGCCUAGCUUAGCUUAAUGAAUGCAGUAAGCUAACCUGACUCAGUCCAAAGGUAAAAAUCUACUUACUUAGUUGCUUGUUAGCACGUCUUGACACAUUUCUUGAACCUAGCUAGUUGUUUCACCUUUAUUUCAGUCUUGUGAGAUCAUAGCCAACAUGCACUUAGCUUAGCAUAGCCUAAUACCCACAAUAAGCUAACCAGGCUCAGUCCAAAGGUAAAAAUCUACUUACUUAGUUGCUUGUUAGCACAUUUUAACUCUUUAACUUUUAUUUACUCUAGCUAGCUGUUUUACCUUUUUAUUUCAGUCUUAGCACAAAGCUAUGCUAAGCUAAGCUACAUGUCCUGUUUUUUUUAUAUGUCACACAUCUGACUAUCAGCGAGUCCAUAAUGCGGAACUUUAUCCUUCUAAGAAUUUCCUCUGACCUACAGUUCGGGCACAAACCACAAAGAAAUGCCACCAACAAACCAAAGGCGCCCUCUCAGUGAAACCAGAUGUUCUCGAUAUCGACCAAAAAAAAACCCACCGGAGGUUAAAUCAGCAAUUCAGCGCAAUAAUCCUGCAGAAUAAGGCCUAUCUGGUAAAUUCAAAUCUUGAAUUGUCAGCCAUAUCCCGCCCAGGGGAGGAUUUUUCUCCCAACACUUCCCUCGGUUGUGACGGGAUGUCCCAAAAUAACCUCCUCAAACCUCCCCGACGUCUGCUGAACUUAAUGGAGGUGGAAGCUCCAACUUCAACAAAAAAAAUCCACAUUCACAGAUAUUAACCUAAAAAUAUCACGUUUAUUAUUUUCAGUAGGUUGUGUCUUGUAAUGAACUGGUAUCAAAAUAAAUAAAAGAUUAUUUAUUUAUUUA